CUCCUGUGGAAGCUGCAAUUGCAUCUGUUCAACCAUCACUGCUGAUACAUUUUAAAAGAUGUAUGAAACUUAGGCUGAGGACAUGGCUUGAUGAGAAACAGAAGAGCAAGCAUUAAGCAGAGCCCCCGUUCCUCCGAGGCAGCUGAAGAUGAAAAGGAGCAGCGCACAGUGACAGUCAAUCCCUCUCACAUGAGAAAGGCUUUCAAGGUCAUGAAUGAAUUACGAAGCAAGAGGCUCCUCUGUGAUGUGGUGAUUGUGGCUGAGACCAUGGAAAUGGAAGCCCACCGCGUGGUCCUGGCAGCCUGCAGCCCCUAUUUCUGUGCCAUGUUUACAGGAGACAUGUCUGAAAGCAAGGCCAAGAAGAUUGAGAUAAAAGAUGUCGAUGGCCAGACCCUGAGGAAGCUGAUUGAUUACAUCUACACCGCUGAGAUUGAGGUCACGGAGGAGAAUGUGCAGGUUUUGUUGCCAGCUGCUAGUUUAUUGCAGCUGAUGGAUGUUAGGAAAAACUGCUGUGACUUCCUUCAAUCCCAGCUGCAUCCCACGAACUGCCUCGGCAUCCGAGCCUUUGCCGACGUGCACGCCUGCUCCGAGCUGCUGCAGCAGGCCAACGCCUAUGCAGAGCAGCACUUCCCUGAGGUGAUGCUAGGAGAAGAAUUUCUUAGCCUUAGUCUGGACCAGGUUUGCAGUUUAAUAUCAAGUGACAAGCUCACAGUCUCCUCUGAAGAAAAGGUGUUUGAAGCAGUUAUCUCUUGGAUAAACUAUGAGAAGGAAUCUCGCUUGGAGCACAUGGCUAAACUGAUGGAGCAUGUUCGCCUGCCCCUUUUGCCCAGAGAUUACCUGGUACAGACAGUCGAAGAAGAAGCUUUAAUCAAGAAUAACAACACCUGUAAAGACUUCCUUAUCGAGGCCAUGAAAUAUCAUUUGCUUCCUCUGGAUCAAAGGCAACUGAUAAAGAACCCCAGAACAAAGCCCAGGACUCCUGUUAGCUUGCCAAAGGUGAUGAUCGUGGUGGGUGGGCAGGCCCCCAAAGCCAUUCGCAGUGUGGAGUGCUAUGAUUUUGAGGAGGAGCGCUGGGAUCAGGUUGCUGAGCUUCCCUCACGGAGAUGCAGAGCAGGGGUGGUGUUCAUGGCUGGCAACGUUUAUGCCGUCGGGGGCUUUAACGGGUCGCUGCGGGUGCGGACGGUGGACGUGUACGACGGCGUGAAGGACCAGUGGACAUCCAUAGCCAGCAUGCAGGAGAGACGGAGCACUCUGGGGGCAGCCGUGCUCAAUGACCUCCUGUACGCAGUGGGAGGCUUUGAUGGCAGCACUGGUCUGGCAUCAGUUGAGGCCUAUAGCUAUAAAACCAAUGAGUGGUUUUUUGUGGCUCCCAUGAACACAAGAAGAAGCAGUGUUGGAGUUGGAGUUGUGGAGGGGAAGCUCUACGCCGUGGGGGGCUACGAUGGAGCGUCCCGUCAGUGCCUUAGUACUGUGGAGCAGUACAACCCCGCCACCAACGAAUGGACCUACGUUGCUGACAUGAGCACUCGGCGCAGCGGGGCAGGUGUGGGUGUUCUCAGCGGGCUCCUCUAUGCCACCGGCGGCCACGACGGCCCCCUGGUCAGGAAGAGUGUGGAAGUCUAUGACCCAGGGACAAACACCUGGAAGCAAGUAGCAGACAUGAACAUGUGCAGAAGAAAUGCAGGUGUGUGUGCGGUGAAUGGUCUCCUCUACGUGGUGGGAGGUGACGACGGUUCCUGCAACUUGGCCUCGGUGGAAUAUUACAACCCCAGCACGGACAAGUGGACGUUGCUGCCAACCAGCAUGAGCACAGGGAGGAGUUAUGCAGGUGUGGCUGUGAUUCACAAGCCCUUGUGACACACAAUGAAGCCAAUGUGAGGAGCAGAAGUGAAGUGGAUCCAGCUAGGUGGUGUUGGGAAGAUGACUGACCUCUGACUUGACCCAUCUCAUUGCUGUUAACGUCUUAGCAUGACAAGUGAUAUGUUCCAAGCAUCAUCCACUCUGUGGUGGAUUGCAUAGCCAAGUGAAAAGCCCUCUGGGGACAUGUUCCAUGCUAGACACGAGGUGUUGCUUGUUUUCUGUGGUGCAAUCAACUGUUCUUCUCAAUGGCGUGUCCUGAGAUAAACGCUGUGCUUGGACUGCAGGCACGGAAUUACCUGUGUGAAACAAAACUGCUACGUUUGGGCAUGUGAGUAAAAAUGAACAUUCCUGGAUUUCUUCACUACUGAUGCUCCGUGCACAUUGUUGGUUGAACUACUUACUCACUGUGCCUGGAGGGUGGACUUCACUACUGGCAGUGGAAAUCUCUGAGUUCCAACUGAGAAAAACAGUCAGCAGAAAUGGACUGGAACAGGGUGCUCUGGCUCGAGUGUGACACUGUCUCAGUCAUACGUUUGUACAUGCCACUGGACUGCUGUAUGUACCCCUGAAAUGCUUGUCCUACGGUGGAAAUAAAUACCAUGUGAUUUUUCUACUU